AUGUUGGGGAAAUCCGGCGGUGUGGAUGACGACGCAUUGUCCUCCUGUUCAUUAGAAUCGCUACCAUCGCUCAUCGGUAAUCGUAGUCAUCGUGAACGUUGUACAUCUACGUCUGCGACAAAUGACUGCUUCGCUACGAUGACACCAGCUGAUGGACUUGGUCGCUCAUUGCUUGCGGGACCAUCGUCUGACUAUUCAUCGCACUUUGUGCUUUCCGGUCUCGUGGGAGGCCCUGGACAAGUCAACGAAGCGUUUGCAAAAAUGAUCGAUGAUGUUCGUUGCGAGGAUACAGCUUGUCAUCGUGCGGCUGCUACGUCGUUGUCGUCGUCGAUGUCCUCGUCGUCCGUGUGCGAGUCAGUUCAACUUCCCGACAACGUAAUAAUUCUAGCCGAUACCCAUACAUGGAGUGUACAAGUAGCGUCUAAUGAGGGAUGGGGUGAAGUAUAUUCACCAUCAGAAGCAGUAGUAUCGAUGUUGGAACAAUUUUGCGAUCUUUAUCGUGUUGGAUAUGCUCCAAAGCUUUUGAUUAGCUAUUUGGAAGACUCGCUAUCUGAUGUGCUCAGCAAGAGUCUUAGUCUUGUCGAGAUUGUGUCACGUGGCUCUCCAUCAUCACAAGGUCCGCUCUCACCAGAACGUGUUCGUUCCAUCGUGGAUUGCGAUCACUCUGACCUGCGGCUAAUCCUAAAUGUGGCCUCAGUCUAUUGGCCAUCGGUAUUAGCCUCGGUGGUAUGA